GCUUUCUUCUCAGACUCUGCACCCUGCCUGUCCGCUCCUCGCGUCCCGGCUCGUGUGUCAAGCCGCCUGGCUGUAGGGAAAUGAGUGGCUGGGACGAGAUUUAUCCACUCCCAGUGCUGCCCGCCUGGGUACCGGGCGCUGCCGCCGGAAUUGUCUCCAUGUACCUCAUCCAGAGAGUCAUCUUCCCCUACUUCUGGGCAGACCUGAGGUACCUGCUGAAAGUACUUAUGUAUGGGCUGAGAGUGGAGACGUACCGGCUGCAAGGGAGGAUUAUCACCAUCCUGGACAAGUUUGUGAAGCUGGCUGAGAAGCAGCCCCACAAGCCAUUUCUUAUCUAUGAAGGGAAGGUGCACACCUACUGGGAUGUAGACAGGAGAAGUAACAGGGUAGCACAGGUCUUCCUACACCAUGGGGCUUUGAAGAAGGGCGACACGGUGGCCUUGCUGAUGGGCAACGAGCCAGAUUUCAUCCACGUGUGGUUCGGACUGGCCAAGCUGGGCUGCGUGGUGGCUUUUCUCAACUUCAAUGUCCGCUCCAGAUCUCUCCUGCACUGUGUCAGUAGCUGCGAGCCCAAGAUACUGGUUGUGGGAGCAGAUUUGCUUGGGACACUGGAAGAAAUUCUUCCUGACCUCCAAAAAGAUAUUAGUGUUUGGAUAAUGACGAAAGACUCCACUUUUUCAAGUGUGCAUACCCUUUUAGACAAAAUAGAGGCUGCAUCUGAAGACCCUGUUCCAGUUAAUCGACGCUCUGCCAACAACCUCAAGUCAUCUGUUUUAUACAUAUUCACUUCAGGAACAACAGGUCUUCCAAAGGCUGCAGUCAUCAGUCAGAUGCAGGUUCUUAAAGGAGCUGCUGGACUGUGGGCUUUUGGUGCUACUGCAGAUGACAUCAUUUAUAUUACUCUGCCUCUUUACCACAGCGCAGCAUCUCUUCUUGGCAUUGGUGGAUGCAUUGAGUUGGGUGCAACCUGUGUGUUAAAAAAGAAGUUUUCAGCUAGUCAGUUUUGGAGCGACUGCAAAAAGUACGAUGUGACUGUCAUCCAGUAUAUUGGAGAACUUUGCCGUUACCUUUGCAGCCAGCCAGUGAAGGAAGGAGAAAAAAAUCACAAAGUUCGACUAGCAGUUGGAAAUGGAGUAAGAAAUGAUGUAUGGAGGGAUUUUUUAAACAGAUUUGGUUCUGUUAAGAUCUGUGAGUUUUAUGGUGCUACUGAAGGAAACAUUUGUUUCAUGAAUCACACAGGAAAAAUUGGAUCUGUUGGACGCACCAAUUUCUUUUAUAAGCUUUUUUUCCCAUUUGAUUUAAUCAAGUAUGAUUUCCAAAAAGCUGAACCAAUCAGAAAUAAGCAUGGUUGGUGUGAAAAAGUUAAGAAAGGUGAGGCUGGUCUUCUCAUUUCCAAAGUCAGUGCGAAGAACCCCUUUUUUGGUUAUGCUGGCAAUAAGAGACACACAGAAAAGAAAUUACUCUGUGAGGUAUUUAAGAAGGGAGAUCUUUAUUUUAAUACUGGAGAUCUAAUGGUUCAAGAUCAUGAGAAUUUUCUUUAUUUUUGGGACAGAAUUGGAGAUACCUUCAGAUGGAAAGGGGAGAAUGUGGCAACUACAGAAGUUUCUGAUAUCAUUGUAAUGUUGGACUUCAUACAAGAAGCAAAUGUGUAUGGUGUAUCUGUGCCAGAUCAUGAAGGAAAAGCAGGAAUGGCCUCUCUUAUUCUAAAGCAGAAUACGUCGUUGGAUUUGGAGCAAAUAUAUAAGCAAGUAGUGACCUAUCUACCAAGUUAUGCUUGUCCUCUUUUUUUGAGAGUUCAGGAUAAAAUGGAAAUGACUGGAACAUUCAAACAGCAAAAAUUUCGACUGGUGGAUGAAGGUUUUAAUCCAUCUACAAUUACUGAUCCUCUUUACUUUUUAGAUAAUUCUAAAAAAGCGUAUGUCUUGUUAACCAAAGAAGUACAUGAAAUGAUCUUAUCUGGGAAAAUUAAACUUUAACUAACCUAAUAAUAGGCUAUUGAAGGACAGUCUAUACAAGCUACAGCAUGAGAAAACAGUAACAUUAAUUACCAAUAUUUAUACAUAGUU